GUGGUCUCUAACCAUAGAUUGCGUCACAUACAUCGUUAUAUUAUAAAAAGGCUACCAAGGGACACGCCCCUAGGAGCAGCCUAGCAACACCUAGAUCUACAUUUUAUUUACCUAACAUACCUAUCUACUCCUCCACUCUAUCUAAACGCCAAAGCAUCUAUCUCUGAUACCAGCCACUCCAAAUCACACCUGAGAAAACGGCACAGAACUAGAAUACGAUAAUAAUAAAAAUAAAAUAAAAAAUGGAAAAUGGAAAAUAAUUCAAAUUGAGGCCAAGAGAUUGUUGUUCUAUACCACCGGCCCCUCAAGAUCGGGAACGGAAACUCCGAUCGCCGUUUUCCCGUAUCAUUGUCAAUUGAUAUCACCUCGCCCCUUUGUACUCCGACGGGGAUGCCGUCGCAAACCAUUCUAAUUCAUGCAAGCCAGUAGGCGGACUUACCAGAACUCAGUGUCGUUGCUUCAAUUUCAUGGAUCCGAGUCACUCUGGGGUCCGGGCCAAGAGACGGGCCUGUACAAACUGUACGGCGGCUAAGGUGAAGUGUACUCCGUCCAGCCCGAAUAUAUGUGAAAGAUGCCAGCGGCUCCGGAAGCACUGCGUCUAUUUGAACGUCUCUGAGACUCGACGAAAGCAUAGAAAUACCGCACGCGUGGAAAAGCUCGAAGAGCGAUUGGCUGAACUAGUCAGCGAACUGUCUCAUAUCAACAACCACCAAAGGCAACGCACUCCCUCCCCAACAUCUUCAACAGCCAGGACCACUUCAUUGGGGAAUCUCCCUUCAACCGUUCCGCAAUAUACUGGCUCUCCACCCAUCUCCGUCCCGGGUUCUGCUUCGAAUCCAGGGACCAACGUUGCUUCGUGGAACGAAACUGUUCCGGCUCCGUCGUUGCUUCACGACGAUGAGGGAACUGACAUCAUUGACCGCGGCAUAUUGACCAUGGACUAUGCCAGAGCGCUGUUCGACACAUUUAGGUACUCCUACACAAUUCAUUUCCCAUUCGUGAUUCUACCCCCUGACACAACGGCCGAGUGUCUCCGUCGUAAGAAGCCUUUCCUUUUCCUCUCCAUAAUGGCUGCCGCCGCCGUCAGUAACCCCUCGCUGCAACGUUUACUCGGAACAGAGAUUCGGCAACAAAUUGCCACGAGGAUCAUUAUACGGAAUGAAAAGAACCUGGACCUUUUGCAAGGCCUCCUGGUCCACUUAGCGUAUCAUCAUUUUUUCUUUGCACCAGAGAACCAUCAGACGUAUCUGAUAGUCAACCUGGCCCUUACCCUUGUCCAUGAGUUGGGACUCAAUCAUAGUGCGAGGUUGAAGAAGAAUCUCGAUGGUGUCCCGACAGAGUUGGGUAAGAUGGGAAGCGCUGAGAGAUACGGUCAAAGAACGACGGAGGAGAUCAGAACAUUUCUGGGAAUCUUCGUGCUCUCGGAAGAGGUCGCUAAGAUGUAUCGGGAACAGAACCGUGUAUGCGACCAAGACUACGUGAUUCAAUGUUCUCAACAGCUCGUAGAUGCAAACGAAAGGCCAAGUGAUCGAUGGAUCCAACGUUAUAUACAACUCGUUAUACUUUCAGCGCAGAUCAGUGAUACUUUCAGCUACCACAACCUGGGAAGCAGUAAGAUUAUGGGCGAAGGUAGCAUCUGUGUCAUCGUUGACUUAUUUAAGCGACAAUUGGAGUCUUGCAAGAAAACGAUCCAAGAAGAUACCCUCGAGCAAGAAGCUUUCUUAUGGCGUGAGAUCCAAUUUCUGGAUCUCUGGAUCCACGAGGUCUCUUUCCACGAUGUUCUGUGGGAGAGACCCAUCCCGGGCACUCAGACGGCAACGAGGACCCUGCCGCCGACACGCCUCAAUAUGCUGUGGCAUUGCCUCACAGUCGCCAAAGCGUGCGCCAUCAGCUUCCUUGAUGUGCCGCAGGCGCAGAUGUUCCAUCUGCCUUUUAUAGCCUUCUCCAAGAUCUGGUACGUGCUCAUCAUCUUCUUCAAGGCCGUCUUCUUCCACGAGAAGAAUGAGGACCGCGAUGCCUUCGUCUUCGCACCGGGAACAAUUCGUCCGGAACAGCCGUGGGAUGUCGCGCUCGCAGCUCGCACAGGCGAGUUCCGCCUUAUUGCCAGCGCGAUGCACCAGAAGUUUGUCACCAUGAUCACGGACGAGGUCACGACGAACGGCGAUCGCAGCCCCAUGUGGCACUUUGCCUUCUUCAUGAAGGGCAUCCUAGCCGCCUACGAGCACCGCAUGAAUCGCAUAGAGAAAUGUCAUGACCCGUCUAUCGGGAUAGAGCAGCAGCCGGAUCCGAGUAAUAGCGACAAUAAUAGCAAUCAUAACCGAGAUCCUUCCUCGAUGGCAGCGUGCCCGAACAUCCGGAACAACGCGAUGACUGGUAGCACCAACGCCGGCAGAGCACAACCGAAUACUAACGUGAUGGAUACGGGUAGUGUCGCAGUGCCUUUAGACAUGAGCACCAGCAUAGCACCGGAGUGGAUUGAGGAAAUUUCCUGGGGGGCCAUGAUGGACAAUAUCAUGAUGAUGCCUCUGCCAUCCUGGUGAAACCUGUUCAUACCUCUUUCACAGAAUGACAUAUCAAGUGAAUUUUGAUAUGUAAUUGAAGACAACCUACUCCCUGAAGGCGCUAGAGGACAGGGUACUCAAAACAAUUAG